GCAGGUCCGCUGUACCGUCCGGUGCCCGGGCCUCCGCGGCGGGCACGGGGAGCAUCCUGAGCCGGUCGCACCGGUCGCACCGAUCACCGCGGCCCUCCGCGCCUCCACCCCGCCUCCCCGUUACGCGGCCGCGGCCGCCAUCGCCGCUCCGCCCCGCCCCGUGACGCCGGUUGCUAUAGCGCCGGGCGAGCGCUCCAACCGCGGCCCUCCUCCCGCGGCGGACCCGGCCUGGCCCGGCCAUGGCGGCGGAGGAGGAGGAGGGAGACGUGGAGUGGGUAGUGGACACCAUCGCCGGGUUCCUGCGCGGGCCCGCCUGGUCCAUCCCCAUCCUGGAGUUCAUGGAGCAGAAGUGCGACGUUUUUGAUGAUGAAGAAGAAAGCAAAUUGUCUUACACAGAAAUUUAUCAGGAGUACCAGGCGCUGGUUGAAAAAUUAUUAGAAGACUAUCUUAAAGAAGUUGGAAUUAAUGAAGAGAAAUUUCAAGAAGCUUUUUCAUCUCCUCUUGCAAAGACACACACUUCCCAGGCCAUUUUGCAAACAGUGUUGGCAGCAGAAGAUUUUAGACUAUUUAAAAAAAUGAUGGUACAGAAAAAUAUUGAAAUGCAAUUGCAAGCUCUUCGAAUCAUCAAAGAAAGAAAUGGUGUGUUGCCUGACUGUUUGACAGAGGGUUCUGAUGUAUUCAGUGAAAUUGAACAAGAAGAAAUGAAAAUAUUGAGGGAGGUUCUAAGAAAAUCUAAGGAAGAAUAUGAAAUAGAGCAAGAAAGAAAGAGAACUGAAGAAGCACGUGAUAAACCCAAGUCUCCAGCUGUUACCUGCAGUCUUCCAGGAGAUUCAAGAGAAGCUGUUAAAGUUAAGGAACCCACUGAGGGAGCUCACAAUUCUGAAGAAACUCCAAAAAUUCCAUUAGAGGAAUCUCAGAAACCUGUGAAGGAAAACUUAAAACCCGUCCGCGCAUUACCCAAAGGAGCAGAAAGCUCACCUCAGCCGCCUGGCACCAAAGGGAAAGGCGACAGUAAGAAAAGGUCAGCUGGAAAAUGUCCCGAAAAUGCAGCACAAAAAGCUGGGAUGAAAGGACCUAAUUCCUCAGAAGUUGAAAAGCAGGAGCUGAAGCAACGCGAGGACUACCUGAAGAAAAAACGAGACAUGCUGAUGGCUACAAAGAAAGAGUCAAGAAAUAAUGUACUGUUACCAACAGACACUGCACAGAAAGAAGAGGAAUCACCUCCUAAAGAGGAGAUGUCAGAAGAGAAACAAAAGUUGCUCCAGAAGAGGAAGAUGCUCGCAGAAAAACUAAAAGAAGAAGUUAUCAAUAAGCGGUAAUUUUAAGCAGCUCGUUGCAGACCCCAAGAACAUGAGUAUGUUUUUAGAGUAAGGUACAGAAGCAGCAACUGAAUGGAGUUGCUUUCCAAUAUUACCCUUAGUUUUAUAGAACUUUCAGACAAGCAACUCAGUACUUCAUGUAUAUUUAAAAUUACACUGAAAUACACUAAAACCACUUAUUUUCCAGAAUGCUGGAAACUCACUUUCACUGGGACACGUUCAGCCAUUUAACAUCAUUGCAACACACAGAUCAGUUUCUGAACUACUGGCCUCAACCACUUAAUAUUAUAUAGACCAAAAGCAGAUCCCGAGAUCUGUUGAAGUAAUUCCUACAGGAAUAGCUCUGAGUUAGGAAUUUUAACUUCUUAUUUUUAAAAUUACAGAACUUGGUUCUUCUUAUUAGCAUAUAGAAUCACAGACUGGUUUGGGUUGGAAAGGAGUUUAAAGCUCCUCCAGUUCCAACCCCCUGCCAUGGGCAGGGACAUCUCACACUAGACAGUGUUGCCCAAGGCUCUGUCCAAGUGCUGGUUUUCAGCUGCACAAUGUAAUAUAGUCUCAUUUCACAAGGAAGUGCAACUACAACCAUGUAUUUGAGAAAGAUAACAAGCUUGGAGUCAAGACAUUAACAUAUUAACUCAGGAUUACAUUGGUUUAUGUAUUUUUGGGGCAGUUUAUGAGUCCUUUGUUCCAGUUUUGCUAUAAAUGCAACUGAGUAAAAGUAAUUGCUUUAACUGCACAGCUUGGGAAAGUUUCAAAGUGGAAAUCUUUUAAAGUAAAUCUUUACUGGUGGGGCUAUGACAGACGUGGGACAAUGUCUUUUGCACAAUGUCACAGAAUGGUUUGUGUUGGAAAGGACCUUAAAGCUCACCCAGUUCCAACCCCCUGCCACAGGCAGGGACACCUUCCACUAGAGCAGGUUGCUCCAAGCCCCAUCCAACCACAUCAUUGCAUAGUUGGCUGCAGCACUUUACGCGCAUUAAAAGAACAAACUCAACCACUUCAAGUUUCAUGUAACUUUUUAUUAAAAUAGCAUUUAUAACUGG